GCUGCUGCUGCUGCUUCUGCUGCCACGCUCUCGCUUCGGUUCAGCCGCAGUUCGCUCAACUCACCACCCAGCUGGGAUUCGAACUGUAGUGGACCAAGGCCAAAAGACGAGAAUAUUCGAAUACAAUAACCCGCCGGGUGCUGCAGUGGUGGGAGACACCAUGCCCGUGCUCGAGAAGCCAUCGAAGGAGGCCAGAAGGAGAGACAGCCAGGCCAUCCCACUGCUGCCCGUGCCACCUCUGUCCGACACCCUGCGGCGCUACCUGGACUGCAUGCGGCACCUUGUGGCCCCGGAACAGUUCCGGCGCACUAAGGUGCUGGUGGAGCGCUUUGGGGCCCCGGGGGGACACGGGGAGCGUCUGCAAAGGGCUCUUGUGGAGCGACGCACGCAGCACACGAACUGGGUGUAUGAGUGGUGGCUCAACGACAUGUAUCUUGACAAUCGAGUACCAUUGCCCGUCAACUCUAACCCGGGGAUGGUUCUGCCAAGGCAGCUUUUCCGAGACCAGGCUGACCAACUCCGAUUCGCUGCUCGGCUCAUCUCAGGGAUCCUGGACUACAAGGUGGUGAUUGAUGCGCGUGCACUGCCACAGGACUUUGCGCGGGGCCAGCUCUCAGGCCACCCGCUGUGCAUGGAGCAGUACUACCGCCUCUUCUCGUCGUACCGCCUGGCCGGGCACCCGCGCGACACCCUGGUCGCGCCACGCAGCACCGUCAUGCCGGAGCCAGAGCACAUCAUCGUGGCCUGCAACAACCACUUCUUCGUGCUGGACGUCGUCAUCAACUUCCGACGCCUGAGCGAGACGGACCUCUUCACGCAGCUGGGGAAGAUCUUGAAGCUGGCCGAGGCGGACGAGGUGCCCCCUCCUCCCAUCGGCCUCCUCACCACCGACGGGCGCAGCACGUGGGCGGCCGCGCGCACGUGCCUGGUCAGAGAUUCGACCAAUCGAGACUCGCUGGACGCGAUCGAGCGCUGCAUCUUCCUCCUGUGCCUGGACGGCGCCAUGAAUCGUCCGCUCACGGACGUGGCCCUGGCGGAGAACAUGCUGCACGGAGGGGGUGCGCGGGCCAACAGCGGCAACCGCUGGUUCGACAAACCCAUGCAGUUCAUUGUGGGCCGAGAUGGAGCGUGCGGAUUGGUCUACGAACACUCGCCGGCGGAGGGCAUUGCCGUGGUGCAGUGUGUGGAGCACCUACUCUCCUACAUCAAGGACACGUCCCAGAGGAAGCUGCUGCGCGCCGACUCGGUGUGUGAGCUGCCGGCCCCGCGGCGCCUGCGCUGGAAGCUCAGCCCCGAGAUUCACGAGCACUUGGCGUUCGCGGCACGGAACCUCGACUCGGUGGUGGAAAAUCUCGACCUCCUCAUCGACCGCUUUUCGGGCUACGGGAAGGAGUUCAUCAAGCAGCAGCGCAUGAGCCCCGACGCCUACGUGCAGGUGGCCCUUCAGCUCGCGCACUACAAGUGCCACGGGCGGCUGGUAUCGACGUACGAGAGCGCCUCCUUGCGCCGCUUCCAGCAGGGCCGCGUCGACAACAUUCGCUCGGCCACGAGGGAGGCCUGGGAUUUUGUGCGAGCCAUGGGCAGGUCCUCGGCGAGCCUCGGCAAGGCUGGGGCGGCAGCAGCCGGCGUGUCCGAUGCUGAGAGAAUGGAGCUCCUGUGGAAGGCGAUACAGGCACAGACGGAUUACACCAUACUUGCUAUAACAGGAAUGGCCAUUGACUGUCACAUGUUGGGGCUACGGGAGAUUGCGCGGGAGCUGGACCACGAUCUCCCCGAGGUUUUUAAGGACAUCACCUACGUCCAAAGCAACCUCUUUGCUCUGUCCACCAGUCAGAUCCCCACCACGAUGGACGCAUUCAUGUGCUAUGGCCCCGUGGUGCCGGAUGGCUACGGGGUCUCCUACAACCCCAAGGACAACCACUUCAUCUUCUGCAUCUCCAGCUUCCACUCUGACCCCACCACGGGCUCGGAGCACUUCUCCCGCGCGCUGCACGACAGCCUCGAUGAGAUGCGGGCGCUGUGCGAGAGGCAGAACAAGCGCGCACAGCGGCCUGCCACGACGCCUUCCAAGGCCCCCGCUACUGCCCCUGCCACGGCCACCACCACCACAAAUCGUGGCACAGCUCCGGCCGUGGCUUCUGCCGUGGCCGGAAAUGGAUCUUCGGCAAUUGCCGGCGCAAAGACCAAAGAGUGAGAAAGUUUGAGAGCAUCGACUGGGGGCGAGGAUUGAGCAGGGAUAGAAGUCCUGUAGAGGUUGUUAUCAACAGGACUAGGCAGGUAUAAGAAUAAUGAGACAUUUGCAUUAUUGGACAUGCUGAUUGUGUAUUCAUCACCCAUAGGGCUACACAGUACAGAUAUAUGCGUGUUUACACAGGGCAUUCACUUAUAUGCUAGUCCACCAUAGCAUUAGGUUGGUGCCAGACUGAACAGACUAUAUAUGAAUGUACAGAGACGACUCCUAUGUACUGGUCUUUGAUAGGACUAGAAUGACCAGUAUGUAGGUCUAGACCAGGGGUAAAAAAAAAAAAAACUAAAAUUUCAAGAGUCACAAUGCACGUGGUAAAUACGUGACGGCGGUCCUUAAUAACGUCACGAAGCAGCGGUCCUGAAAGAGUCACAUGUGGCUCCGGAGCCGCAGGUCUAGACAGAUAAAUGACGAACUCGAUCGUGCGUUCACAGACUGAUUCUGAAUGUUACUUGGCAGGUAUCGGUAUUGACAUUAAUAUGGACGGUUCCACAACAACGUAAUGAUAAGUACAGCGCAGAUGUAUUUCAACACGGAGGCGAAAUGGCCUCUCAUGCAUUGCACUAACCUCCUGCGCAAGGACAUUUAGAAACUAUACAAGCCCAAAUUAUGAUUAUGUUAAAUUAUGUGAUCAUCUAUCCUGUGAUGUAAUUCCAUUACGGUAAUGAUGAGAAUAGGUUUUCCCCGUUUUGUCUGGCAACAAAACAAACUGAAACCUUUUUACAAGGAAUCAUGUCUGCAUUAACCACAAUACUUGUGGUUAGAAUGCAAACAAAAAACAUACUCUGAUAAGAAAUGCAUUGCCUUUGAAACUGAUUGGUCCACACCAGAGACAGCUUUCUUUUGAGCCUAGUCAGCGAAACUCAAACAUGAUUCAUUAGAAGCAGAGAUUUGACAUCAGAACUCUAAUAAAAUGCAAUUGACAUAGCUGCCAAGGGCCACUGGAAAAUUCGGAUUCCCCACUCGGUUCAUAGACACUUGCAAGCAGCUAUACUCCAAACCCUCCUGCGACAGUCAAACCCAACAGCUGGAUUUCCCCGAACUUCCAACUGAGUCGAGGCACGAGGCAAGGAAUUCUCCCCCCCCCCCCUGCCCCUUUUCUCUUGGCACUGGAAUUCAGAUCCAGUCAAGGCAUUUUCGGAAUACGCAAGGCGACGAGAGAAAGAAAAAAAAAUCUCGACGCAGACGACAUCCUGCCAACCGUAUCCGAGCCCACGAUCUCUGGCUAUGAUUUGAAUUCAAUGACAUCGGAACUAAUGCCACUUUCCCCAGUCUCUUCCAAGCCUCCAGACGCACUCUCGCCAUUCAGAUGGUGGCCAACCCAGAUCAGAUAUGUAGGUGUAAAAAUCCCCCAACCCCUCCCCCACUCUCUUCCAGAGGGAUUCCCCACCGCACCUACAGGAUAUGUCGACUUCGCUUCCUACAUGGAAUGAUAUCCCUAUCUCCCUAAUCGCACCCACCUUCCCCAGCAGUCCACUCAACCUAGUCCCCCCCACACCCACCCAGAAACCCCAAGGAGAAGGGUCUGAAACAGAAGGAAAUAGUUGACUACUGUGCCCCCCGAUUAGAAGGCCUCAAAAUGAGAGGAAAGCUCUUAGGUCUGUAGUUCCCUAACACCCCCCUCCACUCAUCUGGCAGUCGCUCCUUGACCAUACUUAAGUAUAAAAUGCCCCCCCCCCCUCCUCACUCCCAAACGAGUACACUCCUUACAGAAAGAGUCACUGCCCCAGAGGACACAGCCUGUAGAAUGCCCCUCCCCCACUUCGAGUGUAGUAUCUCUCGUAACCGCCGGAUACACAUUGAGUCAAUUUUUUUCAAUCUUAAAUUCACAAUCUUCCAAUGAUGAGUGAAGUUUCUCUCACCGCAGCACCACCUGGCAUGAUGAAUGCUACAGAGUUGUAAAUUGUUUAUGAACGAUUUGUUUAUCAAAUGUCAAAUUUUAUUGAAAAUAUUCACGAAUGAAGACUGAGGCAUCUGUCUUUAAAUAAUUUAAUUCUCAUCAGUGUUACAUAAUUAAUACAGCGGGCAAUUCAAUCUUGAGAUUUUGUCCCAUUAAACCAGAAUUUUAUUAGGCCUUGGGGCUUUAGUUUCUUUUAUAUCUCAAAGUGCAUUUUACAGCCCUUUACUUUUAAUAUCAGGGCAGUCAUCUUCUGCAUCAGUGAAUAUAUUUUGCUCCAGUUGGUAAGGUCUAAUCUGUCGAAGUGCUGCUGCGUCAGAAGGUUGCCAGUUCAAAUCCUGACCAAAAACAUGAACACCACUUUGUAGAAAGUCGGCAGUGGUUAUGCUUUGGUGAGAUUGGUACUUAGCAUUGUAAUGUGGAAUUAACACCACUAGCUUGGAUGUACCGAUGGAGAUGGAUACCAUCACAUGCUUAUUUGAGCUUUUAAAUUGACUUCAGCUCUGGCUUGCAUAAUACAUUAAAGGAUCUUAAUGGCUUUGAGCAUUCGAGCUAUAUAAUGCAGACUCUAGCAAAUAAUCCUGUACUGUGAAUUAUUUAUCAUAGAUUGCAGGAUGGGUAUAGCAUGGUGGGUUUACCAGUAAUGGCCGAACACCCCUGCCGCUCGGCCAGGUGUAUUUGGAAAAGUGUUUGCCACACGAUUCUCCACCAUGUGCAGAUUGGCUGUGCUUUCAUGCAAGUGCUUGCAUGAAGUGCUUUGUGUUAUGCAUUUCCAAAUACACACCACAGAAAGCAUUAAAUCAGCCCAAGGCUACACUCAAAUUCUAUUGAGAGGCAUUAUUGUGCGAAGUAACAAAGAGCAAGAUUGUGUGUGUCUGCUUUUAGCAUUAAACAGCCAAGAGAAUGGUGAACUCUUGGUUGGGCAUUGCUUGGGGUUUAAUGCAUAGUGGCAUACAGUGACAUGGAUGAACUGAAAAAGACGAAAGUGAACAAAACAAUGGCAGUAGCUUUCCUGAAAGUCCGUUGAUUGACUGCGUUUCCAGAACUUUCACAUGGGACAUGCAGCACUGCGUGGAAUUCCAAUGUGAAUCUGCCACAUUUGUUUUUGCACUUACGUACUUAUAGUUUCCAUGCGUGUGUUCUUAAAUGUGCGUGUUGAAAAUAUGCCACCAAUGCACGAAUAGCGUUGGCAGUAUUAGCGAACUGCAAUAUUCCAUCUGGUUUAGACUGUGAAUAGGAAAUAAAUAUAGCGAUGGUAAAAAAAAAUUUACGUAAAUGAAAACCUAUAUCUUAUAUAUAUAUUAAAAAAGACUAUAUUGUCAAAUGUUAUAUAAGUAUAUGUACACAUAAAAAAUAUACUUAGAUAUUAUACGAACACAUUAACCUACUAGAUGUGCAAUAUAUCACAGAUGCAUAAGUGUAUAUACAUAGAAAUAUACAUGUUCAACUCUUUAUGAGAAUCUUCCUACCCCAAAACUUCACAACCAAUGUCAUGAACCUGCACUUCCAAAACCAAUUAUUCAACAUUUAUGCCAUUAUAAACUAGGGCAGCUCCAAUAAUAACCUUACAUGAGUUGAGAUUCAAUUUCCCAUCCUGCAUUAGUUUAUCGUUGAGCAAACUCAUUCCCACCUGCCACAAUGACCUUGAUGUUUGUAAUUAUUCUGGUAGGCGAUUGAAAAUGGUCCUCCGAUGUUUCCCUCCACACUUAGAGACAUGCGUUCAGAGUAUUUGGCUGCUAUACAUUUCCGCACGAUGAGCCACUUUGUUGAGCUAUCAUUUGUCGCCGGAUUGCUUCUGAAAAAAAGAAAUAUUAUAUGGCUCAGUGGGGCUUACUUGGUAAAACUUUUUUUUAUGUUUAUCGUUUUUAAAAAGAAAUGACAUUGGUCAGUUCUUUUUUCUCAAAACGACUUGCUCUAAUUUUGCCAUUGCAGUGAACGAGGUUGCUCUGUCUACAUGUACACAUCUGGAACCCGUAUUAUUACUGGACUUAGCAUCUUUGUCAAAUCCCAAAAUGCAAACUUUGGUUAAGUCUUAUAAGCAUGAUACUAUUUUGUCUGUAAUUCAUUGUACACGCUUAUCACCUGAUCGAUUUUAUUGCACAAAGUUAAUGUUUGUAAAUACACAAAUACAUUUUUAUUUAUGUCUUGGUGAAUUGUGAAAAACCCAAAAAAUGGACCAGGAUCUGUUUAUCAUCAGAAAAACCCAUGCAAAUGUUCCAUCUCAAGGGAAUAUGGAGGUGAUUUUAUUCUAUCAAACGAAUAAAUAUUCACCAAAUGACAAAAGUGCCAGUGCAAAAACAUUGAACUGGUCGGCCUUUUGACCCAUGGACCAAAAUGUGGUUUUAGGGAUAAUACAGAUCUUUAAUGUUUACUAUAAUGAUGGAGAGUUCUCUUUAUUUACCUCAAGUAUGUUUUAUUUAAUUUAAAAUGUUAUCAUUUGUACUAAUAUAAAUGUGUUAACUUAUUGCAUAUAUGAAGCAAUUUUUUGUACCUAAUUAAUGUCAUGUUACUCUUUUCUAAUUUGCACGAACUGUUCUAAAACUCAUAUUUAUGUAAACUAUUAUUCCUCAGGUCUUGUUGGCAAGUGAUUAAAUUCACCUACAUUAACCUAGCAUUCCAUUUCAAAAGGCGUGUUGUUUCAAUCGAUGUAUGUUGAGCUUCCAUCGCACCGUAACACAGCCAACCGUGCUGAUCGGAGGUGCGCGGUGUCACCUGGUUAAAAAAAUAAAGGACUCUAACUGCCCUCUU